AUGAAGCUCUCCCUGUCCAGGUCGCUGCUAUGGCUUGCGGCUACUGUCGCCCCCCUCGCCGCCGGCGUCUCUGCUGAGCGCAUCAUCGAGUCCAAGUCGCUCAACCCGUGCAUGGCCAACUCGUCCUUCUCGGCCACGCUCUUCAACGUCGCAUUCACGCCCAGCAACCGCAGUCUGGGCUUCAAGAUCGAGGGAAUCUCCAACAUUGCCGGCAAGAUCGAGGCCGACAUCGAGCUGCUCGUCUAUGGCUUCUCGGCCAUGAACCAGAAGCUCGACCCCUGCGGCCAGAAGGAACUCGAGGGAAUGUGCCCCAUGAACGCCGGCCCGCUGACCAUCAAGUCCAACAUCGACAUUAGCCAGGAAAUCAUGAGCGCAAUCCCAGGCAUCGCAUACACGAUUCCUGAUCUCGACGCCGUCGUGCGUGUCAAGAUCAAGGAUCUCGAGUCGCACGUGCAGCUGGCCUGUGUAGAAGCAGAGCUGUCCAACGGCCACUCGGUCGACCAAAAGGCCGUGGCCUGGGUGACGGCCGUCAUUGCCGGCCUGGGCCUGAUGGCGUCGGCCAUCACGUCUGGCCUGGGCCACUCCAACACGGCUGCCCACGUUGCCGCAAACGCCAUGUCGCUCUUCGGAUACUUCCAGGCCCAAGCCCUGAUCGGCAUGUGCUCUGCCCCUAUGCCGCCCAUUGUCUCGGCCUGGACCCAGAACUUCCAGUGGACCAUGGGCAUCAUCCGCGUCGGCUUCCUCCAGGACAUGGCCACUUGGUACCAGCGCGCCACGGGCGGAACACCCACGACGUACCUCUCGCAGCUGUCCUUCAUCUCAGUCGAGGUCCAGAGGAAGAUGAGGAUGAGGCGUGCCAUCGACUUUACCACGGGAGCCAUCGGCCGCCUCAUGGCACGUAGUAACGCGGCCGCUACCGAGGCCCAGGCUGGCGGAGAGCGCAUUGUGCUCCACGGCAUUGAGCGUGUUGGCUUCAAGGCCAGGAUCGAGACGACCAACAUCUUCUUCACCGGCUACACUUUCUUCAUUGUCUUUGUCCUCUUGACUGUGAUUGGUGUUGUUGCUUUCAAGUACAUGUGCGAGGGCCUGGUCAAGGCUGGCAAGAUGAAGGGCGACACGUUUGUCGACUUCCGCAACGGCUGGCAGACUGUGCUCAAGGGUAUCCUCUUCCGUGUGGUGCUCAUUGGCUUCCCCCAGAUGAUGGUUCUGAGCUUCUGGGAGCUGACGCGCCGUGAUUCUGCCGGCUUGAUUGUGCUGGCCAUUCUCUCCAUGAUCACCAUGAUUGGUAUCCUUACCUGGGCUUCUUCCAAGGUGGUGCGCAUAGCGCAGCGAUCCAUUGCCAUGCACAAGAACCCCGCCUACAUCCUCUACUCGGACCCUGUGGCGCUCAACAAGUGGGGCUUCCUCUACGUGCAAUUCAAGGCUGCCGCCUACUGGUUCAUUAUCCCAUGGCUCGGCUACCUCCUCAUCAAGGCCAUGUUUGUCGGUCUCUCCCAGGACAGCGGCAAGGUGCAAGCGUUUGCCAUCAUCAUCAUCGAGGCGAUUCUCCUCGUCACGGUCUGUGUCCUGCGCCCAUGGAUGGACAAGAAGACCAACGGUUUCAACAUUGCCAUUGCUGCCGUCAACUUCCUCAGCGCCUUUUUCCUGCUCAUGUUUACAGAAAUUUUCAAGCAGCCGCCUAUCGUUACCGGUGUCAUGGGUGUCAUCUUCUUCAUCAUCAACGCGGCCUUUGCUCUCAUCCUCUUGCUCAUGCUGCUCGUCUCGUCUGGCUUUGCGCUCUUCACCAAGAACCCCGACACGCGCUACCAGCCCAUGCGCGAUGACCGUGGCUCGUUUAUCAAGUCGCAAACGCAGCUGACGACGGAGCUGGAUGCGCUCGGUGCUACGGCGCGUGGCGAGGGCAAGGGCGCGCAGGGGGGAUCCCGCAGCCGCAUCGACGAUGACGAAGAAUACUACUCUGACGAACAGCGACAACUGGCAGCCAAGGAAGGCCAGUUUGGCGAGCACUAUGCCGCUGCACCACCCCGCAGCGCCGGCAACGACGGAAGCAACCCAUCGGCUCCCCCGUCGUUUUACGAUCGUCGCAGCCCGGCGCCGUCAUACCGCCCCGGCAGCCAGGGCCAACAGUUCCGACAAGCCAACAGCUCGAGCCCAUGGCAACGGGGUGCGGGUUAUGAGCAUUGA